AACUGUAAUAUUUAUGCGUAUUUAUGUUUAUAUUUAUAUUUAAUAUGACGAUGGAAAAAGGAGAAAACACCCAUGAAAUAAAUUUACAUCUCGAUUGAUUAUUUUAUUUUAUGUCAUUUCCUAAAUAAAACUUUCCAUGUUCAGAACCAAGUUUUUGAAUUCAACCAACGAUUCUUUCUCCAUGAUUCGUCCGGGAACCUUCUAAUUACUCGGCGACCAACAGACUAAGGAACGAGUCGACCGUUCUUGGAAUUAGUCUAUUAGAAUUGGAAUAUUGUUUUGAAAGAAAAAAAUAUAUUGUGGGGAACAAGUUGUCAACAUUAAACCGAAGCGAUCUCACAUAUUACAUGAUGUUUGAAAACAUCCAUGAUCCGCAUGCUCGUACACGAGCUCUUUGUGAGUUUGGAUCUCAAGUUACAAUUGAUAAAUCAGUUGCACCAAAGCAGUAUUUCCGAUCUGGUUUGGAAAUGUUACGAAUGGCUGCUGUUUAUCACGAAGAAGGGAAUUUAGAACCAGCCUUUAUACUUUAUUCAAAGUUUAUAACGUUAUUUGUGGAGAAGCUGCCAGCACAUCCUUUAUAUAAAAGUUCAGAAGCUGCUGUUGUUGCUGAUAAUAAAAAGAAAUUAAAACUAGUAUUUCCAAUUGCUGAGAAAUUGAAGAAAAACCUAACAGAACAAUAUGUUGUUGAAGAAAACAAACGGGUAAUAGCUGAGAAAAAAUGCCAAGCAGAACUUGCAGAAGAAAAAAGACGACUGGAGGAGAUCAAAGAGAAGCAGCGUAUUGAAGAACAAGCACAAGCUGAUAAACUGAAACAAGAAGCUGAAGAACGUUGGUUACGAGCUCAAGAAGAACGGUAUAGAAAUGAUGAAAUACAGCUUCUUAAAAACGUUCACAAAGACUCAGAAAAUUUAUCUUUAGGUCCACUUGUAGAUUUAGGACCUGAAUCUUGUUUAGCUGGACCAGAGGAGCUUGCCCCAUUCUGUAAUUCAACAGAAACCAGUAGACCAUCUACUGUUAAACCAUCAGUGCCACCUCGGGAUUUGAAGAAGAAUCUUGAUGCAAACUCUAGCAACGCUUCCAGUCCUACUACUCCACCUUCUGUAGACCGAAGCACAAAACCCAGCGUCAAUCAUUUAACAAGCAUAGGAUCCACUGACAGUAGUAUUUAUGGCCUCCGAACUAUGAUGGUACCUUCUCAGUUGUCAGAGAAGUUUUUGGAAAUUGCUAGGGCAAACACUGCAGCUAAUAUAGAAACUUGUGGCAUUUUAGCUGGGAAAUUGCGUCAAAACAACUUCCAUAUCACGCAUGUAUUGGUUCCUAAACAAACUGGGACAUCAGACACAUGUACCACACUAAAAGAAGAAGAAUUAUUUGAUUACAUAGACUCUCAUGACCUCAUUACUUUUGGAUGGAUCCAUACUCACCCUAGUCAAACAGCCUUCUUAUCUAGUGUAGAUCUACAUACACAUUGUUCUUACCAAAUAAUGAUGCCAGAAGCUAUUGCCAUUGUCUGUUCACCAAAAUACAAUGAAACUGGUAUUUUCAUGUUAACUCCUGAACGAGGUUUACCACUUAUAUCAUCUUGUAAGGAAGCUGGCUUCCAUGUACAUCCUAAAGAACCACCUCUCUUCCAAACCUGUGAUCAUGUUCAACUGGUAGAUGACCCCAAUGUCAUAGUGGCAGAUUUACGAAAUAUAUGAUGACAAAAAGUACACAAGGGAAAAAUCAAUCAAUCAAUCAAACUACAAAGAAAAGCUUUUGAUCACUUGAUCAGAAUAUGUGAUAUCAGCAGAUAGAGGAUUUUUUUCGUCUGUAAUAUUGAAAAUAACUGUUGCAAAAUAUUUUUACAUUUGCAAUAUGUCAACAUAAAAAUAUUGUAUUAUUCUAAUUAAAUUACAUUUAUCAAUUG